AUUCGUCGCACGGUUUCCCGAGAAAUUUUUUUUUUACUUCGAUUUUUUGGUCCUCGUGUUAGUCUGCUUCUCGUCGUUACACGUAUUUAUCGUAGUUCGCCUUUACUUUGUGUCGCCCGUGUCGAAAGAACGCAACACUACGAAGCUCUUGAGCUUUACAGGUUGUAAACAAAACAAAAAAAAAUGGAAGACGAGAGUUGGGAUGACGAAUCCAUGGCUCCUGCGGCACCGGCGCCGACCAACUUCAGCAAAGGUCGCGGGUUUACUCCAGCCAAUAACAAUAGUUAUGGUGAUGGCGGUGAUCAGCGAGGAGGAAGUUACGGUGACAAUGAUCGUGGGGGUCGUAGUCGGGGAGGAGGACGUGGUGGCCGAGGUAGCCGCGGCGGUGGAGGUGGAGGCUACGACAAUUCCAAUGGUGGUGGUUGGGACAACAAAAAAAGCAACGACAAUUGGAACGAUGGUCCCAAAGAACUACCUAAAGCUGAAGACGAUUGGCUUGCCCAAGGAAGUGGUGGGGGUGACGAUUGGUUAGCCCAAGGAAACGGUGGAGGUGGAUUUGGCGACGAUGAUGAUGGUGGAUUUGGAGGUGGAGACAGAAGAGGAGGGCGCGGUGGUCGUGGCGGUCGGGGCGGUCGAGGUGGCCGUGGUGGUGAUCGCGGUGGUCGAGGUGGUCGUGGCGGAAGAAAUUUUGGCGACAACAAUCGAGAUAACGAUGAUGAUAACGGUUUUGGAGGCGAUUCUGGAGGCUUUGGAGACGGUAAUGGUGAUGAAGGAUUUGGUGGAGGCGGUAGAGGCCGUGGACGCGGUCGAGGACGUGGAGGUGGUGGCCGAGGUGGCCGUGAUGGGGGAGAUGAUCGCGGAGGUCAAGAAGGUGGAGAAGGGGGCGAACCAGAAAAGCCACGUGAAAUCUAUAUUCCUCCCGAUAGGUCUAAUGAUGACGAGACUCUCUUUGGCAGUGGUACGAAAGCUGGCAUUAACUUUAGCAAGUAUGAAUCCAUUGAAGUGAAAGUAAGUGGUGAAGAUGUUCCCAAUAAGUUGAAUUCUUUUGAUGAAGCAAAUCUGAGAUCUUUGCUUGUCGAUAAUAUUAAAAAGUCUGGAUACCAAAUUCCAACACCCAUUCAAAAACAUGGUAUACCCAUUGUUCUAGCUGGUAGAGAUUUGAUGGGCUGUGCCCAGACAGGCUCUGGAAAAACUGCUGCCUUUUUAAUACCAAUCAUACAUAAUCUUUUACUAAAGCCAAGAGAAAUCAAUGAUAUGGGUUCUUUAUCUACAGUUGAACCAAGAGCUUUGAUUUUAGCCCCUACAAGAGAAUUAGCCAUUCAGAUUCAUGAUGAAUGCAGAAAGUUUUCGAAAGACUCUGUACUAAAGUGUUGUCUUAUAUACGGAGGUACAGCUGUUGGACAUCAGCUGAAGCAAAUAUUUUAUGGCUGUGAUCUUUUAGUGGCGACUCCUGGCCGACUUAAAGACUUUGUUGGUAGAGGAAAAGUUGUUUUUAGCGCAAUUGAAUACCUCGUCCUUGAUGAAGCUGAUCGAAUGAUAGACAUGGGUUUCAUCGGUGAUGUAGAAAUGGUAAUACGCCACGAAACUAUGACUCCCCCCGGAGAACGUCAAACGCUUAUGUUCUCCGCUACCUUUCCUCGUGAUAUUCAGGAGUUGGCAGUAAAGUUCCUGAACAACUACAUCUUCGUAGCUGUGGGAAUUGUUGGUAGCGCGUGUAGCGACAUAGAACAAUCGUUCCUCGAAGUCAAGAAGUCCGAUAAAAGAAGUAAAUUGAAAGAAAUUCUCGAAGAAGAGCGCAACAACGAUACCCUCAAAGGAAUUCUGGUGUUUGUUGACCAAAAGAGAACUGCUGAUUUUAUAGCAGCGUUUUUGUCUGAUAAUAACUUCCCGACCACGAGUAUCCAUGGUGAUCGAUUGCAGCGAGAGCGAGAGGAAGCUCUAAAUGAUUUUAAAUCUGGUAGGAUGUGCAUCCUUGUCGCCACAGCUGUAGCUGCCAGGGGUUUGGAUAUCAAAAACGUGCGAUUUGUCAUCAACUUUGAUCUGCCAAAGGAAAUUGAUGAGUACAUUCAUCGAAUUGGACGCACAGGUCGAGUCGGAAACAAAGGAAAGGCCGUCAGUUUUUACGAUGAAUCCAUCGACAACAGGAUUCAGCCUGACCUAGUGAAAAUCUUGGAAAUGGCUAAUCAACCGAUACCUGAAUGGUUGGCAAGUGGAGCAGGCUACAGUAAUCUAGGACCAUCCGACUUUGGUGCCGAAGAUAUAAGAGAUUUUCCAAACUCAUCAGGUGCUCAAGGAACACUUCCGGUCGAAAACGAUGAUGCUUGGUAAAACGUAUUACGCAACAGUGAUAAUAAUAAUAACUUGUAAAUUAGGUUAAUGAUGAAACCUAAACAGUAUUGUACCUUAGUUACAAUUACAAUUAGCAUAACAACAAAAAAGAGACUAUAAGAAUAAGAGAAAUUCAUAACUAAUCAUCUAAAGUUCCUUGACUGAUGAAUGAUAAGAUUACAUAAUUUAACAGUUGUUGAAGUAUAUAUGAAAUAAAUUUUUCUAAUGAAAUUA